CCCUAAUCCUUCCCCUUUCCAGAGGAAAGAAAAGAACAAUGAGCAGCGGCAGCAGCAGCGGAAGUAGAACGGUGGUGAAGCUGUUCGACGCACACUGCCACCUUCAGGACCCAAGAAUCUGCAACGUGGCACCCAAGCUCAUCCGUACCGCUCUCGAUUCCGGUGUCCUCCGUUUCGCCGUCAAUGGCGUCUCUGAGAAAGAUUGGCAUGUGGUGAAGGAGAUGGGUGAGCAGUAUCCAUCUAUCAUUCCCUGCUUCGGCCUCCAUCCCUGGUAUGUUGGGGAAAGGUCUCCCAACUGGUUGAAAUCAAUGAGGGAAUUCUUCAACACUACGCCUUCUGCUGCAGUUGGGGAAAUUGGUUUGGAUAAAGGUUCCCGUGGGAAGGAAAUUGACUUCUCAGCACAGACUGAAGUUUUCCGGCAGCAACUUGAACUGGCCAAAGAAUUAGAGAGACCUGUUUCUGUCCAUUGUGUUCAAGCCUUUGGUGACCUUCUGGAAAUAAUGCAAUGCACAGGGCCAUUCCCAGCUGGUGUGAUUCUCCACUCAUAUCUUGGGUCUGCUGAGAUCGUUCCUGGAUUGGCAAAGCUUGGGGCUUAUUUUUCUUUUUCUGGGCACCACAUGUCAUUAAAACCUCAGAAGGCUAAGAAAAUGCUGAAAUCGGUACCGAAUGAAAGAAUUCUAUUGGAGUCAGAUGCGCCCGAUGCACUGCCAAAGUCAAAUUUAAGUUCUCUGCUUUGGGUUGAGGGUGAUACUUCCGUUCCGCACGAGCUACAGAGCCAAGGACAAAAUUCAGAUUUACAUGGUGACCUUUCCCCUGAUCAUGCAUGUUAUACUUUAACAGAUACUUCUACUUUGCCAAAGGAGACGCUCAAUCAUCCGGCUAAUAUUCACAAUGUACUGCAUUAUGUUGCAUCCCUCAUCGAGAUGCCGGAGGAAGAACUUGCGGAAUUAAGCUAUAGAAAUGCGGUACGAGUGUUCUCCUACCCAGGUUCGAAAGUUUGUGAAGGCUAAAUAUAUUUUCUUUUGAUUGCCUACUGUUCUUCUUAUGAAGUUUGAGGGCCAAACAUCAUUCCUUUGCAAGAAACUGUCAAAUCUUCAUAAUCUCAAACAGGACAUGCAAGUAUUUUCUUAUAGUCACAAAAGGAUCUCAAGCACUAGAUUGUUAGUAGUCUGUAGAACAUGCAAGUGUUAUGAAUCCUAGGAUUAUCCCAUGGACCUUUACGGCCUGUUUGGACGCAACUUCUGCAAAAGGGUUUUCUUGCAAAAGCAAGUCCAUAAAGACUUUGUCAGUUGAUUUUCAAAAACUGAUUCAAUUGGUUUUUGGCGAGUGGGCUUUUUAGUGCCUUUUUCAAUGAGUGGGGAAUUAAACAAGGUUUGUGAAAGU